AUGAAUACAUCAAAACAUUGGUCAAGGGUGGCUAAAAAUUUGGUUGAAGAAAAAGGUAUACUGUCAACACCUGAGUCAAAAUUAGGGAAAACAAUUACUAAUGAAGUGAAAUUAAAGGUUGAGAAUUUUUAUAACGAUGAUGAGUAUAGUGCGCCGAUGCCCGGGAUAAAAGACUUUGUUUCGAUUCGGAGUGAUGAUGGUAAUCGAAUCCACGUCCAAAAACGACUCAUUUUAUCUAAUUUAAAAGAACUGUACCAAUGUUUCCAUGAAACUAACCCUACAGAAAAAAUUGGAUUUUCCAAAUUUGCUUCUUUGCGACCAAAACAUUGUAUAUUAGCUGGAGCAAGUGGAACACAUACUAUUUGUGUAUGUACGAUCCACCAAAACGUUAAAUUGAUGAUGCUUGGUGCAAAUGUUUACUCUUUAACAAGAAAUACAGAAAAUCCUAUGAAACACUACAGUGAUUGCUUGAAUAUGAUUAUUUGUAAGACUCCAUCGUAUCAAUGUUAUUUGGGUGGAUGUAAGAACUGUCCGGGGGUAGAUGAGUUGAGUAACAAUUUAUUGACAUGUUUUGAGGACCAAGAAAUCGAAAAUAUUACGUAUAAGUAUUGGAUAUCAAAACCAAGAUGCAGUUUAGAAACUUUUAUUAAGCCAGCAGAAGAAUUUGUCGAAAAUUUUUGUGGCGAAUUAAAGACUCUUCUUCCUCACACAUUCAUCGCUAAGGAACAAGCAAAAUUUUUAAAAACAUUGAAAGAAACAUUACAACCAAAUGAAUUUGUUGUCAUUUGUGAUUUUGCAGAAAAUUAUGCGUUUGUAGUGCAGAACGCAGCAUCUGGUUUUCACUGGAAUAAUGACCAGGCCACUGUUUUUCCGGUGGUUAUUUACUAUAAAGUAAAUGACAAACUUGAACACAAGAGUUUAGCGAUUAUUUCAGACUGUAAUAAUCACGAUGCUGUAGCUGUUCAUGUUUUCAUCAAAUUAAUAACCGAUUAUAUAAAAGACCUUCCUGAACGCUGCAAUAAAAUUUAUUAUUUUUCUGAUGGGGCUCCUCAACAGUUCAAAAAUUUCAAAAAUUUUGUAAAUUUAUACUAUCAUGAAGAGGAUUUUGAUAUUCCUGCUGAAUGGCAUUUUUUUGCGACUGCCCAUGAUAAAGGGCCGUGUGAUGGGAUUGGAGGCAUCCUCAAACGAUUUGCAGCAAGAGCGAGUCUCCAACUUGCAGUUGAUAAGCAAAUAACAACGCCUAUCGGAUUUUUUGAAUGGGCAUCUGAUCCGGAUAAUUUGCCAAAUAUUAUGGUCAAGUUUUCACCCAUUGAAGAUUAUGAAGCAGCAGCAAAUGAUUUAAAUGAACGAUUCUUAAAAACCAAACCAAUUGUAGGCACUCAUCAAAUACACUGUGUAAUUCCGGAUAAAAAUGGUUGUUUGAUAGUUAAAAACUUUUCAAACUCGAAUGAAUACAGAAUUUGUAAAAUAUUUAAGCGUCAGAGAGAAAAUAAAUAAAUAAUUGAUGCAUUAUUUUCGAAAUCA